CCUGGAGUGUGGACCUGGGAGACCAGGGCUUCAUCUAAGUUGCGGAAACAUGCCCUCCAUGUUUGAGAGAACAACCAAGAAAUUGGUCAAAGAGAUCGGAGACCGAGAGCUCAGACCUGUCAAAUGCUUGGUGAGCGCCGCCAAGAUACGCCGGUUUUCUCUGAUACGGAGGAAGAAGGCUCGCUCUCGGUUUUGGCAACUACCCGAUGUCCCACUUGACGUCUCCCUCAUGCACAUAAUCGAACCAGGUUCUUCGGUCCCAGACGCUGCUGUGGAAGUGUCUGCCGUCUUCAGUGACAUCGAGGUCAGGAAGCAGCAGGCGGCUGGGAGCGUGAAUGCUGGGGCAGAAGCGGGCUUGUCGGGGGAGACUGCUGCGUGCCGAGGGUCCUCCCUCGAGUACCAGAUUGUUAGCACCACACACGAAACCUGGGCAGAGCUUCAGAAGAGGUGAGGACAGGGGGAGGGACCUGGUCAAUGGGCCCCACUCGGAGCUCUCCUUGUGGACAAAGAGGCUCAGAAUGAAGAAAAUGACACCCCAGAUCACGCUGCCCUUUUUGGA